AUGCCGGAUCGUCAGAGGAUCACGAUCAUCCUCCUGUCGAUAGGCGGAGUGUUCAUCUUCCUGACGUGCACCAUCAACGUCUUUAUUGCCGUGCUUUGCGAGUGCUACGACCAGGAGCAAGAGCGCAUGGUCUGCACGUUCCUGAAGGAGCGCGCAAGAAUCUGCAGCGGCUACUUCCUGCGUCCGAAGAUGAAAGCCACGGGCUUCAGCUUCCUCUCGCAGGAAAUACGGAAGCUCACGUGGUGGCGCUGGAUCCUGCUCUUGGUAGUCGUCGUGGUCUUCUAUGGCGUGACUCUCUUCCUUAUCUCAGAGGCAGACAUCGUCACGGCCUGGUUUGGCGACAGCUGGCUGCAGCUAGGGGUACAGGCUUGGGUCAAGUGUCCUGGUGAUGUCGCACAGCCUUUUAUCAGCAGAUGUCCGGCAUAG